GCAUCUUAAGCAUAACACUCUUUCAUUCUCUCACCUCGGUCUGUGUGACUGUAUCCGUUCCAACUCCACUUGCCCGUCUAUAUAUUUCUUUGCAGCAGCUUCUGCCAUCCCCCUUCCGAGUCUUACAUCCGCCAUCCUCAUCUCUACCCUCUAUCAAUCAAUCUUCACUUUUGUAGCAAAUACUGCCAUGGCAUCAGGAGAAGAGCCUUCAGAAUCUCUCAAAUACAAGACUUGGGUGUUAAAGGUCUCCAUCCACUGUGAAGGAUGCAAGAAGAAGGUGAAGAGAAUCCUCAGAAGCAUUCCAGGCGUUUAUGAUUCGGAGAUCGACGCAAGGCAGAACAAAGUCACAGUCAAGGCCAUUGUCGAUGCUGAAACUCUCAUCAAGAAGCUAUCCAAGUCGGGCAAGCAGGCUAAGCUGUGGCCGGAGAAGAAACCCAGCAACCAAGAUCCCAACACUGGCGACGACAGCAGUAAGAAGGAGAGCAAAGCCUCCUCUAAACCCAAAGAGCCAUCAGAGAACCCUGAGAAGAAGUCAAUCCCUUCUGAGACUAGCGCUGCUGUCACUGCUGCCGCCGCCGCCCCUGCCAAGGCUUCGGAUGCUAACAAAACCGAAGCUGGAGCCAAACCUCAAACAGAGCCUGCAAAAGCCGAUAGCAAACCCGAGGAGAGCAACACAGAAGAGCCCCAGAUUUCUGAUGCAAAGAAGGCUGACACUGCUACUCAGCAGCCUGAGAAGCCGGCCGCUACGGUUGACAGCACUGAGAAGAGUUCCGCCGUCAGUGAAGCGAGCAGCGAUAACGGUGGCGGUAAGAAGAAAGGCAACAAGUCACAGAAACGGAGCUCCGAGGACGUCGGAACGAAUUCAAAUCGCGGCAGUAUCAACCCACCACCACCACCACCACCGCAGCACACGUACUCCCACCCGACGUACCCCCCGCCUCCGGCGUACGUCAUGAGCUACAACAUGGCGCAACCCACCGUCAGCCAAGCCUACUACGCUUCCCCGAUGCCGCCGUCCUCGCAGGGGUACGUGUACAUGCCAUAUCCUCCGCCUCCGGAGUUCUACUACGGCUCCAUGGAACCUAGCUUGCCGGCACCGAUGCAGCCGCCGCAUGACAACGUGUUCAGCGACGAGAACCCGAAUGCAUGCAAUCUUAUGUGAUCGUCGCCGGCGGGUAGCCGGAAUCCGGAAGUCUUCAUAGCAUAUCCUUUCCUUGGUUUCGUCAUCCAUUAGGUGUUGGACGAAUGUGUCUGUAGAUGUACCCAAGUGCUUAACUGUAUGAACUUAUACUACUUGUAUGAGUCAAGUACUCUGUUCUGGUGGUGUUAAUUGAAUUGCAGUUCCAAUGUCUUCUUCUUCUUCUUCU